GCGGUCCAUCAAUCGCUACAAAUGCUUCGAAGCGUUUUUACUUCUCUCUCUUUCUUCGUUUGCAUCCGAGAAAUAGAACGAGAAAGAGAAACGCUUCAAAGCAUUUAUAGCGGUUCCCGGACCGCACUCAUAGUACGCGCAUAUACGCAACAGCUACGGAUUUAAUUGGUUGGAGAUUUUGACAUUCUGUAUUAUCGUAUCCUGUGAAGUACGCUCGUAAUAAUUUUCUUCGAUUUUCGUGUGAUAACCGAUUACAAGCAGAUAAGACGGAAAUAUAAUCGUAAUAAUAUAUCAGAGCAUUCGCUGAUAUCAAAAUAUGUCUGUAACGAUGCUAAACGAAACAGUUAAAAUCGCUUGCUAUCGAUUGAAAGCCUGAUUGGUUAAGCCAGUGUUUAAUGCAAGUAUGGCCGCCCUGCCGUCACCUACGCAGGUGGCUGGAAGCCAUACCGCGAUAUAUGAAGCUUAUUAUAACCAGGUUGAUCCAAAUGGACAGGGAAGGAUCGAGGCAAUGGAUGCUGCAAGAUUUCUUAAGAAAUCCCAGCUGAGCGAUGUUAUUUUAAGUAAAAUAUGGGAUAUGGCUGAUCCACAAUCACGUGGAAAUUUGGAUAAAUCUGGUCUUUUUGUUGCGCUUAAAUUAUGCGCAUUGGCACAAAGUGGAAAAGAUUUGAAUAUGACUAAUUUAAAUCUUGAAUUACCACCACCAAAAAUGGGAGAGAUCCCAGUUAUCCCACAGAAGACUAUUACUAACGCCCUGCCAGUAAUAACAUCCAUAAACAAUGGAGAUUGGUCGAUUAAUUCUACAGAGCAAGCAAAAUAUGAUCAACUUUUUGAUAGCUUGCAACCAUCUAAUGGAUAUAUAUCUGGAAAUAAAGUAAAAGGUGUGCUUAUGGAUAGUAAACUUCCCUUAGAUACUCUUGGGAAGAUUUGGGACUUGGCAGACAUGGAUAAAGAUGGUAUGCUGGAUAGACAUGAAUUUGUAGUUGCCAUGCAUCUUGUAUAUAAAGCAUUGGAAAAAUAUGCAAUACCAAGUGUACUUCCACCAGAAUUAAUGCCACCUGGUAAAAGGAAAGAUAUUGUAUCUAAACCUAAAUCUCCUAUACCAGUAGGUAUGGCAUCAACAAUAUCGGCAUCACCAUCAUCACAGCCACCACCAAUCCCACCCUUGCCAAACACAAUGGCUGUAAAGAGUUUGACUGGGUUAGAUGCUGUAAAAACAACCACGCAAGUGCAGUGGGUAGUCUCAGUCGAAGAUCAAAUAGCUGCAGAGAAAUUAUUUUUACAAGCUGAUAUGGAUAUGGAUGGAUUUGUCUCAGGUUUGGAAAUCAAAGAUGUCUUCCUACAAAGUGGACUUCCACACACUAUAUUAGCCCAUAUCUGGAGUUUAUGUGAUACUUGUCAAAGUGGGAAACUGAAUAAAGAACAAUUUGCUAUAGCUAUGUGGCUUAUCAAAAGGAAACUCAAUGGUAUAGAUCCUCCAGCAAGUUUAACCCCAGAAAUGGUGCCACCUUCAAUGCGGAAAGCUGGAGAAACUAUUGUGGAAAAUAAUAACAUAUCAGGUUAUUCAAAUCCAGAACUGGAUAUGAUAAGCAAAGACAUAGCAGAGCUCGUACGUGAAAGACAAAGCAUGGAACAAGAUAUAGCACAAAAAGAAGCCGAUAUUAAAAUAAAAAAUGGAGAGAUUAAAAGCCUUCAGAGUGAAUUGGACACGCUUGCAGCAACUUUGAAACAGCUCGGAAAUCAGAAGGGUGAGGCGCAGAAGAGAUUAAAUGACUUAAAGGCGCAGAAGACAGAAAUAGAUAGAGAUUUGAGUGAAGUUGAAGAGAAGAUUUGGGAGGAACUGAAGAAGGUUGAUAAGCUCCGUCAACAAGCUGAAGAACAAGAGUCAGUGCUGCGGAGUCAAGAGGAGGAGCUGAAUCUCAAAAGGCAGGAACUCGAGGGUCUACGACAGGAAGAACAACAAUUGGAGCAACAACAGAAUAAGAAUAGGGACCAAUUAAAUGAGCUCACCAAAAAGCUGCAGGACACUCAGCUGGAAAUUUGUCAAGCGAAGGCAAAGAUCACUCAUCUACAGGAACAGCAGCGUCAAAUGAGCGACGCUAUUGCCCUUUACGAUUCUGCACUUGCCUCGGGCGACGUUGUUCUUGUACCUGAUACUAGUCUACGGUUUAUACCUGAGAUUGAGGAUAUAGAAUACCAAGCAACAACAAAGAAUACAGACGAAAUAAAAGAAGUGAAAACGGAUGCCUUUCCCGAUGCAACUGUUACUAACGUUUUGGAUGGAUUCGGAGAACAAGAUCCUUUCGCAACGAGUAAAGCCAAAGAAGCAUUUAGUGUGCCAGCAUCCGAUCCAUUCGGAAGUGCAUUUUCCGCACAGCCGUCUAACGAAGGUUUUGCAACAGAUCCUUUUACCACAUUCGACAAUACCAAUGCAGCUGUGAAACAGGAUCCUUUCGAUCCAUUUGACAAUGGAAAACAUGCCGACAAGAUAUCCGCAACUGCAACAUCGAACACGAAGGAUCCGUUCGGGGAUGAUCCGUUUGCGAAUCUUCACGCUCCGCCACGUCCCGAAAGUCCCAGUCCUGCUCUUCCACCGAAGAAAGCGAAACAACCACCGCCACGACCAGCUCCACCAAGACCCAGUCAAGGUCCAAUUGGUCCGUUAAGAGCUGCGCCAGCUCCUCCAACGCCUUCACCUACUCCGGAUCCGUUUGUGAAUGCAAACUCCGACCCGUUUAGUGCUCAGCAAACGACAAUCGACAACAAUAACGUCAAUAAUUUCACAUCUUCCACCGGAUUCGCUGAUUUCGCCAACUUUGAUUCCAAACCGGAACCAACGCCUAAUCGAACGGCUCCGCCACCAAGAACGACGAAUAGGAGCCAUGUAGUACUGACACAACUGAAGCUGUCGGACUUCACGGAGGAUCCUUUCCGCGACUACCGUUACGAGGAUCCCUUCAGCAUAGCGGAUCCAUUCGCCGAAGACGAAACUAAGGAUGUGAAUGCAAACAAAAGUAGCGGUGGUGCGGAUAAAACGGCGGCGGAUCCCUUCGGCUUUGGGACAAUUUCUGCUUUUUCGGGUAAAAAUGCUUCGACCAAAGUUUUCGAUAGCGAUUUCUCAAACACCUUUCCGCUUGUCAAGGCGAAGAUUGAACAAAACAACGCUACAACAGCGAACAAUAACAAGUUUGACGCCGACUUCGGGAAAGCAUUCGCCGCUGAUAAUAGGAACGCUCGGGUCAUCGAUACCGACUUCUCAAAUACGUUCGCUAACGUGAAAGCGAAAAUUGUCGAUCUAGAUGAAGCGUUCUCAACUAAAGGCGCGAAAACUGUCACGAAGGACGAGUCGGACGCUAUAAAAACUAAAACCGCCUAUAACGAGAAACUCGCGAACGAUUUCGGCAGAAUAUGGAAUGGUAAUAACGUGACCGAUCUGUCGGAAGAGGAACAGUUAGCUUGGGCGGAGAAACAGAGUUUAAAAACGGAACAGGAGAGACUUAAGCGUAAAGAGAAGGAGGACGCUGAUUUGGCUUUCGCUAUCGAGCUCAGUAGGCAAGGAAAAACGGGAAAUGUUUGAGCAUUUCGCUUCCAUAAUGUUAUAUUUCUUUAUGUUGGUAUAUUAUAUGUAUAUCACCACAUGAUUGUAAAUUUUCGUUAAGUUGCAUGGCGUUUUGCAUCUCUCGUAUUAAUGGCAUUGUGUAAGUUUACGCUGUUACGCAUUAGCACGUAUAGACGCGUAAAAUAUAGAGGCAGAUUAUCAGAUUGACAAUAACGUCGAGUACAGACUUUAAGAGUAUUCCAAGAGAGAAAAGAAGUACGCGUUGUUACGAAUUAUGGUGUUUUCUCGGUUAAAUGUAAUUAAGCGUGGUACCUUUACUAAAAUUUCAUAUCUGCCGGUGCGUUUUCACGAGCAGUAACUGCAAAAAUCGAUAGAUAUAUUUUGCACCUUCGAUCAAUUUUGUCUUCAUUCCUUUAAUUUUUUUUUUCUCGAUCAAGGCGACGAAUUAUAAUUUGCGCUUAUUUUACAAUAAUCCACGUAUCGAACGUAUCCGGUACUCCAGUGUAUCAUGCGACUAUAAAUAUAUGAACGAUAAUAAAUAGAAGUAUAAUACGAGAAGAGAA